AUGUCGACACUGGGCGACAGCGUGGGACAGGGCCCUGACUUGACAGCAGCGGCAACAGAACCAGCAUUGGUACCGGCAACCGUGGCAGCUACAACACGUGCCCAUCCCGAAGAUGACGAGGAGCACCGGAGCAAGAGAACGAAGACAGAAGGUAUCACGGACGUUGUUUCUGGCGAGAAGAAGCCGAGGGUGACGGGGAUAGCUCCAAUUAAGGAAGAGUACCUGAUCGAUGGUGGCGGGUCUGACGACCGGCGCGGGGGCGAUGUGUUUGACGACGACGAGGCCGAGGGGCGCGGUUCGAACGAGGCCGCACCGGUCUCUGCGGGCGGACGCAAGGGCAAGAGAGGCAAGAACAAGGGCCAGAACAAGGAGCGUGAUUUUGGCUGGUCCCGCGACGCCGUGCGGCUGUGCACAUCAGUGGCGAAUUCGCCCGAGUUCUCGCCCAAGCCAUGUCGGUCGGGCGAGCGGUGUCGCUGUCUGCACAGCGUGCGCGAGUACCUGAGCACAGGCCGGCGCGGCGACGUGGACACGUUUGACGGCCGGUGUCCGGUGUUUGAGCUGUAUGGCCGUUGUCCGUCCGGUUGGCGGUGCCGGUUUGUGUCGAGCCACAUGGAGGAGGUCGAGCAUCCGGACGGCCGCAAGGAGCUGGUACUGGUGGAGAAGGAGACGGCAGCUGGACGUCUGGCGGGCAGCGAGGACGACGACGCGCGGCCGGGCGUGGUCAACGUGGUAGCGGCCGAGGAGAAGCACAACUUGAUGCGCAAGCGGACGACGUUGGACAAGUCCGAGGCCUUUAUCCAGUGGCUGGACCGGGAGACGAGCAUCAUCAAGAAGAUCUUCAAAGACCCGACCGGACGGAGCAUUGAGGGCGAACAGAGCCUGCUGAAGCCGCCAGGUCCACGGGUCGACGACGCGGCCGAAGACGGAGCCAAGGACGAGCCGACGAUUGACGACUAUCGGGCGCAGUUUGUCGAUCCACCCUUUCUGCCGUCGGAGAAGCGACGGCUCUACUUUGGGCCGGAGACGCCGACGCUGGCGCCGCUGACGACGCAGGGCAACCUGCCGUUCCGGCGGCUCUGCGUCGAGCUCGGCUGCGAGGCCACGUACUCGGAGAUGGCCCUGGGCCUGGACCUGCUGACGGGCAAGCCGUCGGAGUGGGCGCUGCUGAAGGCGCACGCGACCGAGGCGGUGCCACCGCGCGUCGACAGCGUCCGCAGUGCCCAGACGGCCGGCUACGACAACGGCCGGGACCUGCGGUUCGGCGCCCAGAUCGCGGCCAACCAGCCGUGGAUGGCCAUCAAGGCGACCGAGGCCCUGUCUCGUUUGGUGCCGCAUCUGCGUCUGGUCGAUAUGAACUGCGGCUGUCCGAUCGAGAUGCUCUUCAAGACCGGCGGCGGCUCCGGCCUGCUCGAGGCCCACAACAAGCUCGAGCGCAUGAUCCGCGGCAUGAACGCCGUCUCGGGCGAGGUGCCCAUCACGGCCAAGCUGCGUGUCGGCGUGCGUGAUGGCUCGCCCACCGCCCACAAGGUCAUCGAGCGGCUGGCCUUUGGCGGUGUCGAGACGCGCGGCCGUCUCGGUGCCCCUGGCUGUGCUGCCAUCACGCUGCACGGCCGCACGCGCAACCAGCGGUACAAGAAGCCGGCCGACUGGCGCUACAUUGCUGAAUGCGCCGCUCUCGUGCGGUCUUACAACGAGUCACGUGACAAGAUCACUGACACCGUGCGUGAACCAGACGACCGCACGCUACCACCCGGCGGCCGCAUUUUCUUUCUCGGCAACGGCGACUGCUUUAGCCACGAGCAGUACCGCGCGCAGAUCGACCAGGCUGACGUCGACACGGUCAUGAUCGGCCGUGGUGCCCUCGUGAAGCCCUGGAUCUUUGAGGAGAUCGCCGCUGGCCAGUACCUCGACAAGUCCGCGUCCGAGCGGCUCGCCUACAUCGAGCGCUUUGCCCGCUACGGCAUGGAGGCUUGGGGCACCGACGAGCAGGGCCUCGGCACGACGCGCCGCUUCUUGCUCGAACACCUCAGCUUCACGUCCCGCUACGUGCCGGUCGGGCUGCUCGAACACCUGCCGCCUAGCCUCAGCGAUCGGCCGCCGGCCUAUCGCAGCCGCAACGAGCUGGAGGGCCUGCUGGCCAGCCGCAACUACAAGGACUGGAUCAAGAUCAGCGAGAUGUUCCUCGGACCCGCACAUCCCGACUUCCGGUUCGUGCCCAAGCACAAGUCCAACAGUUACGAGGGCGAGGCUGAGGGAUGA